ACGAAUCCUGGUGCCUAGAGGACGAACAUUCCAGAAUAUUACUCUGAUAGGCAGUUGAACACUCAAAAAACGCCUUGUAACGCCCGGCAGUGAAUGUAUACAGCACAGUAGAGUUGAUCGCGUCAUGCUGAUAGGUCGAGGGUGUAGAAAUGCUCCGCUUUCAGCCAGCCUUGUUGGCUUUAUCUUGAAUAUUUUCUGUUGUUUUGUUCUCUCCUCUUCUCUUCUCUCGUCUCUGUUACUGUUGAAUAUACUACUAGAACACAAUAAUGUAUCAUCAACGUUCAAAUUCUUGGUGGCCAGAGUAUGGUCAUCAAUAUCCUCCGCAAGGCUAUUACCAACAACCACCGCCUCCACCGCAAAGCUACGGUUAUCCCCCGUACCACACCCCAACUCCGCCACCGCAUACACCAUCACCAUAUUCUCACCACCGCCAACAAUCAUGGAACGACAACCUCCCCCCUCCACCCCCUCAAGUCCCCCAACACUUCGGCCACGGCGCCCCCUCCAACUACCACUUCCAAUACUCCACUUGCACCGGUCGACGCCGCGCCCUGCUCAUCGGAAUCAACUACAUCGGUCAGCCCAACCAGCUGAAAGGCUGCAUCAACGAUGUCGCCAAUAUGUCGACGUUCCUGCAUGAGAAGCAUGGCUAUCGACGCGAGGAUAUGGUCAUUCUUACGGAUGAUCAGGAGAAUCCCAUGAGUAUGCCGACCAAGGCGAAUAUGAUGCGUGCGAUGCAGUGGUUGGUGAGGGAUGCGCAGCCGAAUGAUUCGUUGUUUAUUCAUUUUUCGGGCCACGGUGGACGAACACCCGAUUUGGACGGUGACGAGGAUGAUGGCUACGACGACGUAAUUUACCCCUUAGACUACCGCACAGCCGGCCACAUCGUCGACGACGACAUGCACGCCAUCAUGGUCCGACCCCUCCGCCCAGGCGUCCGACUAACCGCCAUCUUCGACUCGUGCCAUUCCGGCACAGCCUUAGACCUACCCUACGUGUACUCGACGCAAGGGAUGUUGAAGGAACCCAAUCUCGCCAAAGAAGCCGCGCAAGAUCUAUUCUCCGCAAUCACCUCAUACGGCAAUGGCGAUCUGUCAAGCAUGGCGGAGACGGCGAUCGGGUUCUUCAAGAAAGCGGCGAUUGGGAGUUCGGCAAGGGAGCGGACGGUCAUGACCAAGACGUCUCCCGCGGAUGUGGUCAUGUUUUCAGGGUCAAAAGACACGCAGACUUCGGCGGAUACGUUCCAGGACGGUGAGGCGCGAGGAGCAUUGAGUUGGGCGUUUAUCAAGUCACUAGAACGGUGGCCGUACCAGAGUUACCUACAAUUAUUGAAUACGAUCCGGUCGGAACUGGAGGAUCGGUAUACGCAGAAGCCGCAGCUGAGCUCCAGUCAUCCCUUAGAUACCAAUUUGCGGUUCACUAUGUAGCAGAUAGACUAGUUCGUGCAAGUACAUAAUUAAAAUGCC